GCGCAAGCUUGGCGUUAGGAGAAAUUCAGAAACCGGAGGGGGAGUCAAGGCAAUUCUUUGGUUGCUAAGUGUGAGUGAAGACACCCAGGAUGGCUCAGGGUUCCGGGGAUCAAAGAACAGUGGGGAUUGCAGACCCAGAGGAGAGUUCUCCAAAUAUGAUAGUCUACCGCAAAAUUGAAGACAUCAUUACAAAGAUGCAAGAUGACAAGACAGGUGGUGUGCCUAUCAGAACAGUCAAGAGCUUUCUCUCCAAAAUUCCCAGUGUUGUCACAGGUACUGACAUUGUGCAGUGGCUUAUGAAGAACCUCUCCAUUGAGGACCCAGUUGAAGCAAUACACUUGGGAAGCCUCGUAGCUGCCCAGGGCUACGUCUUUCCAAUCUCGGACCAUGUUCUCACCAUGAAGGAUGAUGGCACCUUUUAUCGUUUCCAGGCCCCGUACUUCUGGCCUUCGAACUGCUGGGAGCCUGAAAACACUGACUACGCCAUCUACCUCUGUAAGAGGACAAUGCAGAAUAAAGCAAGGCUGGAACUGGCAGAUUAUGAAGCAGAAAACUUAGCAAGACUCCAGAGAGCCUUUGCAAGGAAGUGGGAAUUCAUCUUUAUGCAAGCAGAAGCACAAGUAAAGAUUGAUCGGAAAAAGGACAAGACAGAGAGGAAAAUUUUGGACAGUCAAGAGCGAGCCUUUUGGGAUGUCCACAGGCCAGUGCCAGGCUGUGUGAACACAACAGAAAUGGAUAUCAGAAAAUGUCGACGUUUGAAGAACCCGCAAAAGGUUAAAAAGUCAGUGUACGGCGUGACUGAAGAAUCCCAGUCGCAAAGCCCAGUGCAUGUCCCCAGUCAGCCAAUCAGGAAAACUACAAAAGACGACAUCCGGAAACAGAUAACAUUUUUGAAUGCCCAGAUUGACAGGCAUCGUUUAAAAAUGUCCAAAGUGGCUGAAAGCUUAAUUGCUUACACAGAACAGUAUGUGGAAUAUGACCCUUUGGUCACACCAGCUGAGCCGUCCAAUCCCUGGAUCAGUGACGAUAUUGCUUUAUGGGACAUAGAGAUGAGCAAAGAGCCCAGCCAGCAGCGAGUAAAGAGAUGGGGCUUCUCUUUCGACGAGAUAUUGAAGGACCAGGUGGGGCGGGACCAGUUCCUACGAUUUCUGGAGUCCGAAUUCAGUUCCGAAAACCUCAGGUUCUGGUUGGCUGUCCAAGAUCUCAAGAAACAACCCCUACAAGAUGUGGCCAAGAGGGUGGAAGAAAUCUGGCAAGAGUUUCUGGCCCCCGGAGCCCCAAGUGCAAUCAAUCUGGAUUCUCACAGCUACGAGAUAACCAGUCAAAACGUCAAAGAUGGAGGGAGAUACACAUUCGAAGACGCCCAGGAGCACAUCUACAAGCUGAUGAAGAGUGACAGCUAUGCCCGCUUCCUCCGGUCAAAUGCUUACCAGGACUUGCUGCUCGCCAAGAAGAAGCCAGAAAUUGAGCAAGGUCGUAGAACUUCCUUAGAAAAGUUCACUCGCAGUGUGUGCUGCUGGCGCAGAGUCAGAAUGGCCGCUGCAUUUCACCCCCGAGGUGGCUUCCUUCCAGCAGUGGGGAAAGUCGCUGGCGGGCAAGCGCCUCACCGGCCUGAUGCAGUCCUCCUGACGGUGUCCCCCGCAGGGCCCGGGCCCGAGGACCACGCGGGCAGCCGGCCGUGCUCCGCAUCUGCAGACAGAGCUUCCCUGCGGGGAGAUUUGGUCACUGUGAAAGAGAAGGAGUGAGGGCCGGAACGGGCAACGGUGGGGAGACGCGGUGGGGGAACCAGAGGGAGGCCAGAAAGAGGGUCCCCGGAGCCUGGGGUCGGCCGGGUCGAGGCCCCUGUUUACAGCCCUCUCUUCCUUGUAUAGUCGUGUGCCGACACCCCACUCUCUAGGAGGUCCUGGUCCCUAACACGUUCAGGGGAGAGCACCCGGUGGGACUCCCGUUGUGACUGUCAGCUGAGGUCAUAUUCUGUCAUCACUCCUCCCGCCGUCUGGGGGAUCACGCCUUCCAGCAAACUCAAGAGGACCGCUGGCCCUGAGCACAUCCAGUAUCACACCCCACCGCCUCUCCGGUGCACCCACGGCACCCCCUAGUUGCACCACUGUGUCCCGACCACCUCCCGCCUCCCCCAGCUCCGCGGCCGCUGCGUGUAAGGAGCCGGGGCCAGGCUGCCCUCACGCCACGCGCCCCAAUCACAUCGUCAGCACUGAGCCAUCUCCCGCGCUGCCGCACCUCAAGUUCUUCCAGCCCCCCUGGAGGCCCCCUUUCAAAGAGGUCUCCACAGGCAUUGGCGGCUGCCCUCUCCUCCUGCCAAAAGUCUCGAGGGUCCAACACCAGAGGAAGCACUGGUGUUGAUGAAAGAGCUUGUGGUUUCACAGCCGUGAAGGUUCUGACCAUCUUUUAAAUUUUUUAUUAUUUCGUAAUUUAUUCUGUGUGGCCCCUUUGCUCCUUGGUGUGUUCCCGCGUGUCUUACUCAAAAUAAACGUAGCGGUGACCUCGAGGGCCAUUGGGAUCCUCCCCUCCGGCAGCUCCACGUGGGAGCUGGGAGGGUCCCAGAUGGAGGGGCUGGGCCCCAGGCUGUCAGUGCUGGGCGUGGCUGGGCCCCUGCCGCCAGGUCUCAGUUGUGUCUGAAGCUGGGGCGGAAUCUGUGCCCAGAGGCGAGGCCAGGGCCCAACGGUCCUCUGACGGCCCAGCAAAGGCUUUGCCCUCCACAAUGCCAAUCAUCAGAGGGCAACGCCAGCACAGAGCUCAACCUGCAAAUGACCAUCCGCCCACCUGGCUGUGAGGGAGUGAUACAGGGCACCGAGGCGGGUACCUGGCGCUUAGUAGGUGUCUUGCAAAUGGUAGCUAUUACUCUCAUCGUUGUCGCUGUCAUCGUUGACUCCCAGGCGCCCUCCGACAGAGCGGUAUAAGCAACGUGCUUCUGAAUUCAGACACUCACCCCCGCCUCCACACCUGCUAUGACCAUCCUCCUUUGAUCUAUUCUGGCCGGAGGUGAAAAAUCUCCCUUGGGAGUGUAUAAACAGCAAACACAGAAGCAAAACAGCAAUCACUGGUAUUUCUUUACUUGUGUGGGCAAUUUCACCAGCUGGUGAGGCUCAGAAGCUUGUUUGCAGACGCUGAUUCCUGGGUGCUUCCCCAGGACCAUCUUUCCAAGCCCACCUUCGUGCCCUGUCCCCGGGGCACCAGCUCCCAUCCCUCACAGCGGGGCCACCGAGGGCAUGAGGAGUCGUGAUUACAGUUGCACCGUGGUGGGUUCUUGACCCCUGCGCCUCAGUUUACCCCAUGGCAGCGUUUGCUCUCCCUUCUCGGUACAGUGGAAAUUAGAGACAUUUUGUUGAGUCCUCAGAGUGCCUCCAAAGGGGGGGGCUAUAGACCCAGAUUCUGGGCAGACACUCCCUCCCCCUCAUGCCACACAACCUGCGUUCAGAACCUGGCACCUGGCAGACAGCUGGCCACUGCUUGAUGAGUAAAUGAGUUUGCUGAAGCUCGCUCCCGUAUUGUAGGGUCUUCUGACCCCUCUUCUUCUCGUCCCAUCCUUUCUUUGUCCCCUUGCUUUUCACACAGACCUCCUGUUUCAGAACAAAAUUGCCGAUCAUGUUCCUCUGCACCCGACAUUGCCCAAAGGAAGCUAUUCCCUACCAAGGUGCCCAGGCUAU